GCCCUUUGAGUACUACUGUGUGGCCCGGCAACCCAGCACAACCAGGUAUCUGCUUGGAACCCAGCCACCAUAAAGCCUGCUAGCUAAAAAAAUUUUACAUCUCUCAGUUCAUUCAGCACAGACCCCUGCCUCAUUCACCUGUGACUCUGCUUGGAAAAUACAUCAGUUACAAAGCAGCCAAUGCAAUUAUCUCAAGGGAAAUUGAAAAAUGGACCUUUGAAAAUGCUACAUUUACAAUGAGAAAUGCCAUAAUUCAAUGUUUAUUCUAUGGGUCCUUGACAUUUGGGAUCUGGACAGCUCUGUUAUUCAUAUAUUUGCACCAUAAUCAUGUGAGCAACCAGCAGAAGAAAAGCCAAGAGCCUCUGUCAGCUUGGUCCUCUGGAAAAAAAGUGCAUCAGCAAAUUAUCUAUGGCUCAGAGCAAAUACCAAAACGUCAUGUAACAGUCAAAAGGACUGAUGAAGAUAAAACAAAGUCUAUGUUAGGUACGGAUUUUAACCAUACAAACCCAGAACUUCAUAAAGAACUUUUACAAUAUGGAUUUAAUGUGAUUAUCAGUAGAAGCUUGGGCAUCGAAAGAGAAGUGCCAGAUACCAGGAGUAAAAUGUGUCUUCAAAAACAUUACCCAGCCCGCCUCCCGACUGCCAGCGUUGUCAUUUGCUUCUAUAAUGAAGAAUUUAAUGCCUUGUUUCGGACCGUGUCCAGUGUCAUGAACCUCACGCCUCACUAUUUUCUUGAAGAAAUUAUUUUGGUAGAUGACAUGAGCAAAGUUGAUGAUUUGAAAGAAAAACUAGACUAUCACCUGGAAACUUUUCGGGGAAAGGUUAAAAUAAUAAGAAACAAAAAGAGAGAGGGGCUGAUUCGAGCAAGGCUGAUUGGAGCUUCUCACGCUUCAGGGGAUGUUCUGGUGUUCCUGGACAGCCACUGUGAGGUGAACAGAGAAUGGCUGGAGCCCCUGCUGCAUGCCAUUGCCAAGGACCCCAAAAUGGUGGUGUGCCCCCUGAUAGAUGUCAUUGAUGAUAGAACUCUGGAGUAUAAGCCCUCUCCUGUUGUAAGGGGAACUUUUGACUGGAACCUACAAUUUAAAUGGGAUAAUGUUUUCUCUUAUGAGAUGGAUGGACCAGAAGGACCUACUAAACCAAUCCGGUCACCUGCAAUGUCUGGAGGAAUUUUUGCUAUACGUCGGCAUUAUUUUAAUGAAAUUGGACAGUAUGACAAGGAUAUGGAUUUUUGGGGAGGAGAAAAUUUGGAACUUUCACUAAGGAUCUGGAUGUGUGGAGGCCAACUCUUUAUAAUCCCCUGCUCUCGAGUAGGACAUAUCAGUAAGAAACAAACUGGAAAACCUUCUACAAUCAUCAGUGCUAUGACACAUAACUACCUAAGACUGGUGCACGUUUGGCUGGAUGAAUAUAAGAGAAACGUGAACUAAAACUUCAAAGAGCUAUUUCAACACCACCACUUAGAUUAGCAGAAUUUUAAAAGUCUGACAGGCCUGGCUGGGCACAGUGGCUCAUGUCUCUAAUCUAAGCACUUGGGAGGCCGAGGCAGGCAGAUCACCUGAGGUUGGGAGUUCAAGACCAGCCUGACCAACAUGGAGAAACGCCAUCUCUACUAAAAAUACAAAAUUAGCUGGGCGUCAUGGCACACUCCUGUAGUCCCAGCUACUCAGGAGGCCAAAGGAGGAGAAUCGCUUGAACCCAGGAGGCGGAAGUUGCAGUGAGUCAAGAUUGUGCCAUCGCACUUCAGUCUGGGCAACAAGAGCAAAACUCCAUCUCAAAAAACAAAACAAAACAAAACAAAAACUUACAGGCCCAAGUGUCGGUGAGCAAUAGGAUCUCUCAGCUUUCACUUAUGGGAGUGUUGACUUUUACAAAAUUGCAUCUGAAAAUAGCGUGGCAGCACCUACUAAAGUAAAAGAUCUGAAUAUCUUGUGAUUCAGCAGUUCUGCUCAUGCAUAUGCUACAGAAGCGCAUGCUUUUGUGCACCAGGACACAUGAAUAAGAAAACUAAUAAACAGCAUUAUUUGUUUUAGCCAAAACUUAAUACAAUACAAAUACUCAUCAAGAGUAGAGUGGACAACUGUGAUAUAUUUAGUCGCUAUAAUCCUAUACAGCAAUGAAAAUUAACUGGGCUGGGCGUGGUGGCUCACACUUGUAAUUUCAGCACUUAGGGAGGCCAAGGCAGAUGGAUCACCUGAGGCCAGGAAUUCAAGACCAGCCUGACCAAUGUGGUGAAACCUCAUCUCUACUAAAAAUACAAAAAAAAUUAGCCGGACAUGGUGGUGGGCACCUGUAAUCCCAGCUACUCGGGAGGCUGAAGCUGGAGAAUUGCUUGAACCCAGGAGGCAGAGGUUGCAGUGAGCCAAGAUCACACCACUGCACUCCAGCCAGGGUGACAAGAGUGAAGCUCCAUCUC